GGGCGCAUGCGUGGCGAGGCUGAAAAGCGUUUAUGGGUUGCCAUGGUAACUGUUCCUAACAGCUGCUGAGGAACGCCUGGGCAGGCCUCGGGCGCUGCUGGAGAAGGACGCCGUUCAGGCGCCCUCGGCUCGGAAGGCGCUCCUCAUGUCUUACUCCACUAGCCCGAGGCGAACGGGGUUGCCACGGACGGUCCUGCGCUGGCUGCAGAGCCUCGACCUCACCUUCUCGCCUCGACAUUUCCGUAGGGAUUUUUCAAAUGGCUAUCUUAUUGCUGAAAUAUUUUCUUGGUAUUACCCAGAAGACAUCCAAAUGCAUUCCUUUGAAAAUGGGACCUCAUUAGCUGUCAAGCUCAGCAAUUGGUCACAGCUUGGAAAGUUCUUUGCAAAAAGAAACCUGAAGCCCAUCCGAGAACUUAUUGAUGGGACAAUUCACUGUAAACCAGGAGCUGCAGAAAUAUUUGUACAAGACAUUUAUACGAUGUUGACAAACAGGCGAAUAAAACACAUUCAAGAUGAAGAGAUUGAUUUUACAGAUCGUAUUUACCAGGAAAAGUUACCAAUGGUUGCUAGAUCAACUGCUUCCAGAGCUAUUAAAUCUAAUAUUAAGUUAACAGAAAUAAUGAUAGAGCCUAAUGAUAACAAAAAUAGACAGAAGGUUACAGCCAUCAUUAGCAUGCAUAUGCAGCGAAGGCUGCUAGAGAGGGAACAAGAUCCAGAGCGGUUUGGCAUUAAACCAACCCUGGGAGCACGUGCCAUUCGUCGUCCUUCUGUUUUGGCUCGUUCCUUGAGUACAACUAAUCUUCAGAGGGAGAAAGCUGUUCCUGUUCCAAGUAAUUCCACAGAAAUCACAGGCAAAAUGGGUGUUCACUUUAAAGCCAUCCAAGUGAAGCAAGCUGAGAGAUGUCCUUUUGAUGUGAAUGCAAAAGUUGAGGCUUCAAGUGCCCAUUUUAAAGGACUGUAGCUAAUCAGUGACAUUGUAGUUUAUUUUUAACAUAAUACAAUCCUUGUGACCAUGUUUCAUACAAUACCAAGAAACCAGUUCCUUAUAGAUAGGUUCAAUAAAACACUGAUGGUAAGACACAAUGAGAUCAUAGUAUUUGAAUAUCCAAAAGUAUUUGUGUUAAGGAAGUAGACCAUUGAUGUCUUUCAUACUUUUGUCCUCUAUUGAAAUGUACUAUUGUAGUAAUACGAAAACAUAUAAUCAGCAGCAUUUGUUCAGUCUUGUACUCUUCGGUACUGCCUUGAUUCUCAUAACACUGAUGAAGGUAAGCUGAGUCUUACUGCUAAGCAUUUUUUCUAAUGGAAUAAUUUAGCUAUGUGGUCUGUGAAUAAAGUAAAAAAGUAUAAUGGAGUAACACCCUUUUUUAUGUACCAGAUACCAACAAAUGUCUAAUAUGGGGGACUGCUAUGUUAUUUGGCAUUUUCCCCUAUCCACUUGCAGUGAACCAUGCUGACAGUUCCCAGCAGAUUUUUGUAGCAUCACUCAUUAGCGUUCUUUUACCUCUAACAUAGUCUGAAGUGGUGUUCACAUGAAGGGGAAAAAUUAAAGGGGAUAUGGAACUCCUCAAUGAGCACCUGCUGCAUUCUUUGGCACAAUUCUGACAUGUCCUGGCCCCAACAAAUCAAUAAAGCAAUGUGCAAUAACUUCAGGGACUCAUUCCCCUUGCUCUUCUUAAAUGUGAAGCUUCAGAUAAGACUUCUUCAUUUCUUAAAAUACAAUUUCCUCCAAUUUCUUCUGUGUAUUGGGAAUCUGUCAUUUGAGUACACACUAUACAGAAUCAGAUUACAGCUUGCACUCUGGCCUCUGGAGAGUGUUCAAACUGCAGAUUCCAGGAGAAGCAGCAGUUUAAAAAGUCCUCUGACAGGUGUUCAAAAAGAAGCAGGCAGCAGGGAGUAUUGUAGCCUGUUUCAAGAAACUUGUUUUCAGAAUGCCUUGUGCACAUUGUUUUUUUGUCUUAAUAACUUUGUGCCAAUGAUAUCUGAUGGUUCCACAACAACUUUUAAUUGUAACGAGGCAAGCUGUUGCAACUUUGAAAUGAUGGACUUGAUUAUAGCACUCUCAGUGAGACUUUGAACCUUUGAGAUUCAAAUUCUUUACUUUUAUCACAGUGUAACACAAGCUGAAGGAUGUAAGAGACUUACCAGGGGCAAAGUGCCCAUAGGAUGUGGGUUUCAUGAAUUUAUGUAACGUCACAAGGAUAAGAUAUCCUGAAAGAUAAGAAGAACUGCUAAUAAAUGUUAAUACAGUGCUCAAAUAAUUCAUGCCUUAACCAGUUCUUAAAACCAUAAAGACGCAAGUAUGCACACAAACGCACACACAUCAAAACAAUCUCACUAAAAAUACCUUGUGGAAGGAUCAUGGAAGAUGCAAAAAUAUUUCUUUCUUUCCAUUGUCAUAUGGUCAACAUUUUAGGAAGAGACCACUAGUUUUCCCAUAAAAGAUCCAAAUGAAGUUGAUUUGUGACCAACAUGGAUACCUAUUUCACUUGCAGUGUGCGACACAACUUUUAACACAUGCCAUAUGUAACUCUGUUUAACUUAACUGAAACAUUCAAAGGUAAAAACCCUUAGAAAAGCGGAAAUGGAAUUUCGAGAUGAUAUUGUGAAUAGAAUGGAUGUUAAUAUAUUUUUGUGUCUCCUCUUCCUCAUAACCCCAAUCCCUCUUCCCUUUACCUUUUGUAUCCCAGACCC